CAUAGAGAAAGCUGUCAUUUUCUCGUACUCAUUUAACAUUAUAUUCAGUUUUGCAACUGCAAUCUUCUCAUUCUGGGUUUAACGCCUGAUGCCUACGUUUUAAAAAUCUUCCCAAGCCAAUUACAGAACCUCCUCCACUUUGCAUUGAUCUUCAAACUUCUCUCAAAUCACUCUAACUGUCUAGGUGGUUCAAAUGCAAGAGAAUCAGAUGGGAGGUCAUACUAUAAAAUCUCAUGGAGCCAAGGUGGCAAGGAUACAUAUGCAUGACUGGCUGAUUCUGAUACUUCUUAUUGUUAUAGAUGUUAUUUUAAAUCUCAUUGAGCCCUUUCAUCGCUUUGUUGGGGAAGAGAUGAUGAUAGAUCUGAAAUACCCAAUGAAAGACAAUACUGUACCUGUUUGGGCUGUUCCAAUUAUUGCAAUAUUGUUGCCUUUUGCAGCUAUUCUUGCAAAUUACUUUUACAGAAGGAAUGUUUACGAUCUACACCAUGCAACAUUAGGCCUCCUCUAUUCUGUUCUAAUAACUGGAGUUAUAACGGAUGCAAUUAAAGAUGCUGUUGGUCGGCCACGACCGAACUUCUUCUGGCGGUGUUUCCCCAAUGGAGCUGCAUUGUUUGAUCCUCUAACAAAGAAUGUCAUCUGUCAUGGAGACAAGGGUGUUAUAAAGGAAGGACACAAAAGUUUCCCUAGUGGGCACACUUCAUGGUGCUUUGCAGGUCUGAGUUUCCUCUCUUGGUAUUUAUCAGGGAAAAUUAGAGCAUUUGAUCGCAAGGGCCAUAUAGCAAAACUCGCUAUUGUAUUGCUUCCAUUGCUUAUGGCAGCUCUUGUUGGAGUUUCUCGUGUGGAUGACUAUUGGCAUCAUUGGCAGGAUGUUUUUGUUGGAGGUCUCAUAGGAAUGACUGUAGCUUCAUUUUGCUACCUGCAAUGCUUUCCUUUCCCACAUGUUAAGGAUGGUUGGGCACCACAUGCCUAUUUUCAAGUUUUGGCAGAGGGGAACCAUGUUCAGUCCUCAUCCACAAGAAUUCCCUCUCUUAGAUUAAGGCAGCCAGAGAUUGAGACCGCAUAUAUGCAACCUGGAUUUAGCAGAGAAAGCACAGGAAACGAUUGUCAUUCUACAAGCCCGAUUCUUGAUGCAAUGGAAAAUGGGAGGAGAUUUUGAUUUCUGAGUGGUGUGUUGAAUGGAAACAAUUUUAUAGGUUAUACUUGAGUGCAUUCAGGUUAGUCACGAAAACAUCCUGCCUGGAUUCUUCAGUAUGCCCACUCCAGGAAAACUUUCUGGUUAAUAUAGAACAAUUCAUUUGAAUGCUGCCUUCCAGUAAACUCUGGCAAUAUAUUACUAGCGAGGCAACUCAUUUGGUGAUUUAGGAUCGACUUCCAUGUAAAUUUACCCAAUCAACCGAACAUGUUUAUGUUGUAAUCAUUGCCUGGAAUGUAAUACAGAAAGUUAGAAA